UCGUAACUUUCUCUUUUCCUUGACCGCUCGUCACUGACUGCUACAGGGCGCAGUAGGUGGUGAAUUCAUGGCCCAAGCUGUAGUUGUUUUCAGAUAUAAGAGGCUCCAGAGUACGAUGCUCCUUACUUACCAUCACACCCUUACCUACUCUAAGUUACCACUGCUCAUCUAACUGCAAUAUCUCAACACUACCACGUCCAUCUAAACAAUCAUCAUCAUGGCUGCUAUGUCGACUUUACAAUCUGUCUACGUCCAGUACGACACCCAACCUCCAACGAGUUACGAGCAUGCACAUCAACACGGCUUCCACGAGGAACGUGAUACAACCAGCACAAUCCACUCGCUCCUUCGUACAUCAAGCGUCACACGUUCGGCCGAUAUUCUCUUCACCCAGCACACUUCACCACACCGUUACACAUCCGAUGAAUUCAUCGCUACAUGGAUGGAUCCUGGUUUCGAACAAGCCCCUACAGAUCCAGACGGAGAGGUGGUCUGGUACUGUACACACUGUGGCGAUGGACCAUACGGUGACUGGCAGCCAGCUUGCGCGGUGUGCUUUGAGAAGAAAUAAUCGAUCGACCGAUCUUUCUGCAAACCUCUCGUUGCUUCGGAACGACCGAAACAACGACGAUGCACCUAUAGUAGACGCUUCGUCGAGUCUACUUCACGUGUUGGUUGUCUGGUUCUACACCUCGACCUAUUCACGACGUCGCUUUUUGGGUCUCGACGGCUGGACGCAGGCCCUUUCCCUUUUGUAUGAAGUCUGGUUGGACGGGUUUCUUCCCAGAUGGGCGUGUUUUGUUCCCGUAUUGUCUUUCGUUGUUGUAGUUCUACGAUAGUGGUAUGAUUUGGUUUACUCUGAGCAUCUCAGCGAGGCAUCGGUCGGUGUUAUGUUUUAUUGGCGCGGUUCUUUUUCCAACUUGCUCGAGGCAAGGUUCGCAUCUUUAGGGUUCAGACAAUUGAAAUAUCAUCAUUUGAAAGUUACCCUAGCUUGUGCGGUUGUCUCCUUGGUUCGCUACUGAUCUGAUUGUUGUCUCAACUUUCUCUCUUUCCAAUUCCUCCCAGCAUAUCAGACCUGGACCCUCGAUUCGGAAAAUAAGAACAUAUCUGC